AUGUUUGUCGCCAUCGUCGGGACGCGCUUCUCAGGAAAGUCGGUUAUUGAGAACUAUCUGGUAUCAUGCAAGGGAUUCACCUCCGUUCGCAUUGUCCAGUCCGACAUGGAUAUCAACAUCGGAGGGUCAGAGGAGAGGUUUGAGGCGCUCAAAACGACGAACGGUUUACUGCGUGGAAUACCAUCAAGUCUCCGCUUAUCGUUGAAGCCAGAGACAGAUGUACCGUCAAAACAUCUAUCGUUUUUAUCUAUGAGCCCACUUCCUUCACCUGCUCCUACUUCGACAUCUUCUUACUCACGCCAACAACAAACUCGGUGCUUCUCGAGCACAGAAGAACUGUUGAUCUUUGUCACGGAAAACUGGAGACAACAUUUUGUGACAACCGACCUCAACACAAGAGAUAUCAUAGAGCCUUUCAUUCGGCGACCGUUCUUUCUCCUCCUCCGUGUCGACGCCCCACUGCUGGAACGAUAUGCUCGCUCUAGGAGGUCCAUGAACAUGACUUUGACAGAUUUCGUCGAAGAGGAUGAUCGACUUGUAUUUGGCGUUCGCCAGAUCCCAACGUCCAGACAAGCCGCCUUGCAAAAUCUAGCGGAUCUCACCUUCAUGCAUACCUUGACGGUCUCGAUCUAUUGCAUCCUGAACAUCUACGGCCCAGCUGGGACGCCUAUUUCAUGGCGAGUAUAUGGUGGUAAUGUCAUGACUUAUGAGACUGUUUAA